GGAAGGAAUCAGGAUUCGCCUAGUCGCAUCAGCAGUUAGAUCGAUGUUAUGCGACGACGAGGAUCGCCUUCGAAACGGACGUUACUGCGCAUGUAGGCGCAAAUGUCAUCAGUCCUCCCCAAGCGUCUGGCCUCGCAUCCAUGUGUCAAUUCGCUGAGCCGGUUAAACGAGGGGACACUUGCUAACCUCUCCGUUUAUCCUCGACUCCUCGGGCUCCGUUAAUUCUACGCGGGAGCAUAUCCUAUGCUCGGAGCUAGAAUGUCAAAUCUACGGAAAUUCAUAGAUAUUGGAGCUAAUUUAACAGAUUCUAUGUACCAAGGCAUUUAUCAUGGAUCUCAAAAGCAUCAGCCAGAUUUAGAGAAGGUUUUAGAGCGAAGUUGGAACAACAAUCUUUCAAAAAUUAUUAUUACAGCUGGUAGUGUGGAAGAAAGCAAAAAGGCACUUGAAAUAGCAAAAACUGAUGACAGAUUAUAUUCAACGGUUGGUUGUCAUCCGACCCGUUGCAAUGAAUUCGAAGAAAGUGGUGAUCCAGAGAAAUACCUUAAAUCGCUGUCGGAUCUGGCGCUAAACAACAAGGACAAGGUCGUCGCCCUCGGCGAGAUGGGUCUGGAUUAUGACAGAUUGAAUUUCUGCUCCAAGGAAACCCAGAAAAAGUACUUUGAGAUGCAGUUAUCGCUGUGUUCCACGCUGAAGUUACCAAUGUUCCUACACUGCCGCAAUGCUAGCGACGACUUCGUGCGAAUUCUGAGGAAGCACAAAAACGUGCUGACCUCAGGCGUCGUACAUUCGUUCGACGGCAAUCCGGAAGACGCGAAUUCUAUAUUACAAUUAGGCUUGUACAUCGGCGUCAAUGGAUGCUCUCUAAAAACGGAGGAAAAUUUAUUUGCAAUCACUACCAUUCCUUCAGACAGACUUAUGAUAGAAACAGACUGUCCGUGGUGUGAUAUCAGGCCGACUCACGCUUCAGCUAAGGACGUUAUCACGCAUUUUCCAUCUGUAAAGAAAGAAAAAUGGCAAGCAGAUCAAAUGGUUAAAGGACGGAACGAGCCCUGUACGAUAGUUCAAAUAUUAGAAGUCUUAGCACGGAUCAGAGACGAGGAAGAAGAAUAUCUAUGUAAUCAAAUAUACAAGAAUACAAUGAAACUUUUCUUCCCAUACGAAUUAUAGUGUGCAAUCAUUAAAAUAACUGCGAAAAUAUAAGUGGACCUAGAGUGCAGCAUUAAUGAAAGCACACUCACGGAAGUAAUCAGGGAUAAAAGCUGUGAACGUGCAUGCAUAGAGGAGAGAAGAUAUUAAAAGAGAAGCACGCUGCCGAAAAGCUCUAUUGAAGGAAGAAAAUGAAGACACUCAUUUUUACAUACGUAGCUUUAUGGAGAUGGCUGUUGUCCACAGAUCUCUUCUCAUGUAAAACUUUAAUAUAUUCUUGUUAAAAGUAUAUUAUAUCAUAAUAUCAUAUACUCAUCUAUUGCAUUUUGUCACUAUUAUUACCAUCAUCUCAUUAUUAUUAUUAUUAUUAUUAUUAUUUGCGAUAUUUAUUAAUACUAUUCUGCUAUUCUUACAAA